CUCCAGGGACGAGGAUAAACAACCCCCAACCUUCAAAGAAUCAGACCCCAAGAAAAAAAAAAUUUCUGCUAUGAUAACUACUUGCUUCUACUCUCUAACAUCAAUCCCCUCUCCUUCUCAUCUUUCACUCAAGCCAAAACCCAUCUCCAACCAAAAUCAAAGCCACUUCCUCUCUCAAAUCAAGCUCCCAUGGUCGCCCAAACCCCAAAGAAUCGGAGUCCUCAAAGAGUCAGAGGAGGUCGAGGCGAGCAAACUCAACGAUGCCGAUGAAACGAAUGACGGAGAAAUCAGAAUUAAUGGGUGCGAAUCGGAGAGGACGGAGGAGGAUACUGGUUCAUUUCCUAGGGUUUCUACGAGGAACAAGAAGAGGGAUGAGGAAAUCGAUGAAGGGUCCGAGAGCAGGUUCAAGCUUCGAAACGGGAGAGAGGUAUUUGAAGAAAAAGGAUACCUUGUCGGAGUUGAAUGUAAAGGUAGUGACAAUGACUCCUUUAGUAUUGAAGAUUCACUUAAGGAACUUGCACAAUUAGCUGACACUGCUGGACUUCAAGUUGUUGGUUCUACAUAUCAGAAGCUUGCAACUCCAAACCCUAGGACAUAUAUUGGAUCUGGAAAAGUUGCUGAAAUUAAGAGUGCAGUACAUGCCCUUGAUGUUGAAACUGUAAUAUUUGAUGAUGAAUUGUCAGCAGGGCAACUGCGCAACUUGGAAAAAGCUUUUGGUGGUGAUGUCCGGGUUUGUGAUCGUACAGCUCUCAUUCUGGAUAUCUUCAAUCAAAGGGCUGCAACACAUGAAGCGGCUUUACAGGUUGCUUUAGCGCAAAUGGAAUACCAGCUUCCACGAUUGACAAAAAUGUGGACUCAUCUUGAACGUCAGGCUGGAGGCAGGGUUAAGGGUAUGGGGGAGAAACAAAUUGAAGUAGACAAGCGUAUUCUACGCACUCAAAUUGGUGUUUUAAGAAAGGAGCUAGAAUCUGUUCGAAAGCAUCGAAAGCAGUACCGGAACCGCAGAUUAUCUGUGCCUGUUCCUGUUGUAUCUCUUGUUGGAUACACAAAUGCUGGUAAGAGUACACUGUUGAAUCGCUUAACUGGAGCUGAUGUUCUCGCAGAGAAUCAAUUAUUUGCUACACUUGAUCCAACUACCAGAAGGGUUCCAAUGAAAAAUGGGAAAGAAUUUCUUCUAACUGAUACUGUCGGGUUCAUUCAAAAACUGCCAACUCUACUGGUUGCUGCAUUCAGAGCAACACUUGAGGAGAUAUCUGAAUCAUCACUUUUGGUACAUGUUGUAGAUGUAAGCCAUCCACUAGCUCAGCAACAAAGAGAUGCUGUUGACAAAGUUCUUCAAGAGUUGGAUGUGGCAUCAAUUCCUAAGCUGGAAGUUUGGAACAAGGUUGAUAAAACUGAUGACCCAUGUAGAGUGAAAAUGGAAGCUGAGAGAAAAGGGGCAAUCUGCAUAUCAGCUAUAAAUGGUGAUGGCUUAGAACAUUUCUGUGAUGCCAUUCAAGCAAAGCUGCGGGACUCAAUGGUGGCUGUGGAAGCUAUUGUUCCGUAUGACAAGGGGGAGCUCCUCAAUACCAUCCAUGAAGUUGGAAUAGUAGAAGGAACUGAAUAUAUGGAGAACGGCACUUUAAUCAGAGCUCAUGUUCCCCUUCCCCUUGCCCGUUUACUAACACCGAUGAGACGACAGGUGGCGGCGGCUCUGUAAUUGUAUGUAUAAAAUGUUGAAAAACUUCUUUUCCGUUGUUUGGGUUCGUAUCCGUUGUAUUAUAUCGACCUAACAGUCACAAAUAUUGUACAAACUCAGGCCAAUAUUUUAGAGGAUUUUGAAUGUUACUGGUUUUUAGGACUCAAUGUAUACAUAAAAUAUACGUACACGUAAUAAUCGAAUAAAUUAUGUGAAACACUUUGAAUAGUUCAAA